GAGGCGCUCUGCUGGACUCGCGCGGCCGGCCCGUCGCGCAGCGGUGUGCGGCGGGCUGGCCUACCCAGCCGGGCGACUCCUCCCCUACUAGCCUUGCGACGCGCUUUGCCCGCAGGAAUCGAGCUCCCUGGAAGACGACAGGCUAUUCAAAUUUCACCGGAAAAAGAAGGCCCGAGUAAGGACGGCGUCCGAAAUGAUGAUCAUGACUUCCGGCACCAUCGAGCUGCUCCCCGAGUUCAAAGGGGCCCCCAACGCCUUUCUCGUCGAGCUGUUCGCCAUGCACGAGCACUACGAUGAGAGGCUCGCCUUUGAUUUCCUGGUCGCGGCCUUUUGCGUGUUCCCCGACCUGGACUACUGCGCCCUGACCGUGCCGCACGCGUACCCGACCUUUCCGCUACUCGACCACCUCGUGGUGAGCGACUGACCGGAGAGCCCCGG